GUGAAAAUAAGAGGUGAAAGAGCGAGUGAGGAGAGCAGCAGCAUACGGAGCAGUCACUCUCCUCUGGUGCUCCAACCCUGGAAACACCAUCCAGUCAUUACAUCGCCCGUGAUUCUGCUAUGCGCAUCGGACGAGGAGACGCUACUUGCGCUUUGCUUUUGGAUUGGUGUUAAAUCGUUUACUCUGACAGGAUGGAGCAUUGGAGACAAUGUGCGCUAUGGCUGAUCAAUUGCAAGGUGCUGCCACCGAACCAUCGGGUGACAUGGGAGUCCUCUCAGGUGUUCGACCUGGCGCAGACCCUGCGGGAUGGGGUCCUUCUGUGCCAGCUUCUCAACAACCUGAGACCACAGUCCAUCAACCUGAGGGAGAUCAACCUGAGACCUCAGAUGUCACAGUUCCUCUGCUUGAAGAACAUCAGGACAUUUUUGCACGCCUGCUCAGAGAUAUUUGGCAUGAAGAAGAGCGAGCUGUUUGAGGCUUUCGAUUUGUUUGACGUUCGAGAUUUCGGAAAGGUUAUGGACACACUGUCCAAACUGUCUCAUACACACAUUGCACAGCAGACUGGAAUAAGGCCGUUUCCCACAGAAGAGAGUGUUGAGGAUGAAGACAUUUAUAACCAUCUAGAGGAUCUGAUAGAUGAGAAUGGUGUUGAAGAUGAGGAAGAUCUCUAUGACUGUGUGUACGAUGAUGAUGAGGGAGGAGAGGUGUAUGAAGACCUGAUGAAGGUUGAGCUGGUACAACCACAGAGACAGGCAGAGACGGACAUUCGAAGCUGUUGUCUGAUGGAAAUCAAACAGACUGAGGAGAAAUACACAGAGACGCUGGACUCCAUAGAGAAAUUCUUUAUGAAGCCCCUGGGACAGUCACUGUCUGGUGUGGACAUUGAAAAAGUGUUCAUCAAUAUACCAGACCUUGUGAAAGUGCACACAAGUCUUCUGAGGGAGGUCCAGGAUUCAGUGCUCAUGCAUAACGCCAGUAACCUGUACCAGAUCUUUAUAAAAUACAAAGAAAGAUUAGUCCUAUAUGGGAAAUACUGCAGUCAAGUAGAAUCAGCCAUCGCGUGUUUAGAUGACAUCUGUAAGAACAGAGAGGACGUCAGGCAGAUGUUAGAGUUAUGUUCCAAACGAGCCAAUAAUGGGAAGUUUACUCUGAGAGAUCUGCUGGUGGUUCCAAUGCAGAGAGUCCUGAAGUAUCAUCUGCUUCUACAGGAACUGGUGAAACACACCCAUGAUGCCACAGACAAGAGUAAUUUAAGGCAAGCGCUGGACGCCAUGAAGGAUCUAGCUCAGUAUGUCAACGAGGUGAAGAGAGACAUCGAGACUCUACGAGACAUUGACCAGUACCAGAAAUCCAUAGAAAACCUUAAUCAGUCUCUCCGUAACUACGGAAGACCGAAAGGUGACAGCGAAGUGCGAGUAGCUUCAGUCGACAAACGAGCCAAACAAGACAGGCACAUCUUCCUGUUUGAUGCCGCCGUGAUCGUAUGCAAACGACGCGGAGAUAACUACGAAAUGAAGGAGGUGAUUGACCUCCACUCCUUCAAGAUCACCAACAACCCGACCUCAGAGAGAGAAAACCGAAAGUGGUGCCACGGAUUCUACCUCACACACAAUCAGGGUCAGAACGGCUUUGAGUUCUUCUUUAAAACCAAGGAGCUGAAGAAGAAAUGGCUGGAGCAGUUUGGCAUGGCUUUAUCGAACAUCUGUCCAGAGAGCGGGAAAAGUAAUUUCCAUGAGUUCCGUAUGCACACCUUUGAGACAACCACAUCCUGCAGCUCGUGUAAAAUGCUGCUGAGAGGAGUCUUCUAUCAAGGGUACCGUUGCUCCAAAUGUGGUGCUGGCGCCCAUAAGGAGUGUCUUGGUAGGGUGGACGUCUGUGUCAAACACAGUGCAGAUUCCAGCUCUUUCGGAUCACAGAUUGGAAAAACUCCCUGUCGUGGAGGAGACACAGGUUUACCUAAGAUGACGGUCAUCCGUAAUUAUUAUGGAGUUCCAAGCCCCCUCUGUGGCCCACCGCUUAACAUCCAGGUCGGUGAUGUCAUCGAGGUGAUCGAGGCAAACGUCCGUAGCUGCUGGUGGAAGGGUAAAGUCCUGGCAACUAAGGAGGUUGGCUUCUUUCCAAGCGACGCAGUGAAGCCUUGCCCAUGUGUACCCAAACCUGUUGACUACUCUUCUCAGCCUUGGUUUGCAGGCCCGAUGGAGAGGCUGCAGGCAGAGGCAGCGCUACUCAACAGGAGGAGCAGCACAUACCUGGUCCGUCACAGAAGCCGAGAGUUUAACGAAUAUGCUAUCAGCAUCAAGUACAACAACGACGUGAAACACAUCAAGAUCUUAACAAAGGAGGGAUUCUUCCACAUUGCGGAAAACAGGAAGUUCAGGAGCAUUUUAGAGCUGAUCGAGUAUUACAAACAUCACUCUCUGCGGGAAGGAUUCAGGACACUUGAUACCACACUGCAGUUCGCCUACCGAGAGCCGGAGAAUGGAGCCAACACCCCGCUGCUCUGCGGGCUGUCUUUUCUAACUCCCGCCGGCUACAGCUUUGUCCCCCCCUCUACCGCCCCAUUCUGGUCAGUGUUCACUCCUAAGGUGAUGGGUGUGGCGAUCGCCCGCUACGACUUCAGCUCUCGGGACACGCGGGAACUGACUCUGCAGGAGGGCGACGUGGUGAAGAUCUACAGCAAAACUGGAGCCAAUGGCUGGUGGAGGGGUGAAGUCAAUGGACGGGUGGGCUGGUUCCCCUCCACGUACGUAGAAGAAGGCGAGGAGUGAACGGCUCAGCGACCGCGCACAAGAGAAAGGAAACGGAGGGAAAAAAGACGAAUUGGCCGGUGCUCCCGCUCUCUGUCUUGUUUGUCUAUCCUGGAGGACGUGCAUGGGGUUUGAUGGAUGAAGGACUGUCUCUCAGGGAGCAGAUUAUCAAACACAACCCCAGACGGCAUCUUAAAAGACCCUUCCGGGCGCCCGGAUGGAGCGUCGCCGGAGAAUCCGGGCCUGAGAUGGAGCGCGAGGAUACGCCGUGAGCUAUUUCAGUGUUGUCUGCUCAUGGGGAAACAUGUUUGUCCUGACCUUGCCUGAGUCCUCCUUACCUGCACUAUUAUUGAUGACGCCCCCCUCCCCGUGUCUGCGCUACCCCGGAGGUGUUCUCACACACGACCCACGAUCCCACCCAGCUAUUCAUCUCCGAUUAAGAUCACAGCUUCCUGCCAUGUAGACUGGGGUAAUUGAUUGCUGUCUCUUCCCUGUUUCUAUCCUACGAAAUCUCUCUUAUUUUCAGAUUUCCACUUAAAAGGAAGGACCGCUUGUUUUGUGCGUCGCACGCUUAUCUCCAGAGAUGUAUUGUGGGCUUGUCACGCCCUGUUUAUCUGAUUUGCACGCUACCGCAUCGUCGGGGAGAUGCGCAGCGAGACGUUGACAGGAAACAAAAGGGAUCGCGGUGACAGGCCUGUAAACAGCUUUUUCAGCAGGGGCCCACGGCCCCGAAAGCAUCGUGUCACCCCAUCCAGAAGGGAUCCUGCUAGAUAGCGCAGGAAGUGCCUUCUCAAUCAACUAAUGAGGGGGAUUUACUCACAUUUGCAAGAAGAAUUGACACAUUGAAAAACAAUGAGACAAAUAAUUCUGUUUGAAAAACACCAGUGGAUCAGAAGCCUUGAAUGUCUCUCAUGAUUUGCAAAACUAGUGGUCGACCGAUAUGAGUCUGUAUCCGAUAUCUAAAUUGUCAGAAAUCAAUAUAUAUAUUUAUAUAUAUAUAUGUAUAUAUAUAUAUAUAUAUAUAAAAAUAGCUAAGUUAAUGUGAAUUUAUUUUGUAGUGUACUAAAUUUAAAAAAUUGAAUUAAAAUCGAAUUAAUUUUUAAACUGAAAAAUUCUAAUAUUAUAAAUUAAAUAUUAUAAUAUUAAUUUAUAAAAAAUAAUAAAAAUUAUAUAUAUAUAUAUAUAUAUAUAUAAUUUGUAUUAUUUUUAUAAGUGUGUGUAUGUAUAUAUAUAUAUAUAUAUAUGUAUAUAUAGUUACAGUGUUACUUUAAUAUAAAUUUAUUUAUAAUAUAAUUUUAUUUAAAAAAAAUAAUAUUCUAAAUUAAAUAUUACAAUAUUAUUAAUUUAUAUAAUUUAAUAAAAAUUAAUACUAAUUGUAAGAUUUUAAUGUUAUUUAAACUCAUCAAAGUUACAUUUAUUUGAUAGAAAAAUACAGAAAAAACAGUAUUAUUAUGAAAUAUUAUUGCCAUUUAAAAGAACACUUUUCUAUUUUAAUAUACUUAUUAAUAUAAUUUAUUUCUGUGAUGAAAAGCUGAAUUUUUUCAGCCAUUACUGCAAUCUUCAGUUUCACAUGACCCUUCAGAAAUCAUUCUAAUAUGCUGAUUUAUUAUGAAUGUUGGAAACAGUUGUGCUGCUUAAUAUUUUUUUGGAAACUGUGAUACUUUUUUAGGAUGCUUUGAUGAUUAAAAAAUGAAAAAGAACAGCAUUUAACAGCAUUUAAUUUUAACACAUCCUCACUGAACAAAAGUAUUACUUUCUUUCAAAGAAAGAAAGGAAACAUUUAUUGACUCCAAACUUUGAACAGUAGUGUAUAUUGUUACAAAAGAUUUCUAUUUUAAAUAAGUGCUGUUAUUUGUAAUGUUUUAUUCAUCAAAGAAUCCUGAAAAAGUAUCACAGGUUCCAAAAAUAAAUUAAAGUAGCUAAACUGUUUCCAACACUGAUAAUAAAGAGGCAUAUGAGAAUGAUUUCUGACACUGAAGACUGGAAUAAUGAUUAUGAAAAUUCAGCUUUGCAUCACAGGAAUAAAUUCUAUUUAAAGUAUAUUAAAAUAGAUAACCAUUAUUUUAAAUCGCAAUAAUAUUUCACAAUAUUACUGUUUUUUUCUGUAUUUUUAAUCAAAUAAAUGCAGCCUUAAUGAGUAGAAAAGACAUUAAAAAAAAUCUGAUCCCAAACAUACAUUUUGUACAACUUUUUUUUUUGGCAGAUAUCGGUUGAUUAGUUCACCACUAGUGUGCACUAAAAGAAAUUCUUGGCCACGAGUCUGUUAAGUCAUUUCUUCAUUGCAACUAAAUAUGGCAUUGUUCUGUGCUGCUGGAUGGGAUAUUGGCUUUGUUUUCACUUCCUGCUGCAUUCCCCUUUGGGACUCAUUCUUACAAGAUGUGGAGGCUAUACCUGUUUGCAGCUACAUGUACAUCUGCGUGCAAUCCGAACUGGCUCUAAACUGUGAAGAAAUGAAGUUUUCAGUGCGUUUAGACUGUGUUGAGGUGAUCGGAGAAAGGUCACAUCGGGAAACAGUCAAAGGCACUAGUUAGUCUCAAAUGGUUAGAUAAAAGUGCACUCACAAAGGAAUAUUUAUUUAUUUGUGAUCUAAGAAAAGACUUUGACAGGAAAAGACAUUCAAAGGAAUGACUGAAAAGCUUCAAGCCAGUAGUGAACAGAAAUACACUCCUAUGUGCCUAUAAAGCAGUCCGAUGUAAAGCGACUCCAUUUAUAACUGGCUGUUCUUUCUUCACAUUAUGCUUUGAUUGAACACGAAGAUGGAUCUUUUAAGCAUUUUACUUUUGUGUCUUCCCAAAGAGCUAUAUGAUGUAUUGGAAAAUCUUCAGGAGUUGUCACGUGAACGAGAAUUGUUUUUGUUUUUCAUUCCUGUAAAAUGAGAAAAUAUAUGUAGAGUAAAAAAAGGUAAAUAUUUAUUGAUUUAUAGGUCUUUAUCUGUGUUAAAAUGAAUUUAAAAUGUGAAUAAGGUAUUGAUCAGUCGUCUCAUUGUGUGAUCUCUGUCUCAAUGUAGCACAGUGUAACACCACUAAGUGGCAGCAGCAUUACCAGGUGCUUUUUUCUAUUCAUUCUCAUCUUCAUCAAAAAGCUUAUAGUUACUCCUUCUUUAUCAUUGCAUUGUCCCAGUCAUUAAAAUGCUGCCUUAGUCCAGGAAAAUUUGUAUUUAUGGGUUAAAAGAUGCAUUUUUAAAAGAUGUAUUAUUGUCUCAUUUAGGAAAACAGUUUAACAAAUUAUUUAAUUUAUUUCUUCACAAAAUAUGAGUUUGACAGACAUAUUGGCAUACAAAUAUUUCAGUCAGAAAUUAAUGGGUAUGCUUUUUCACUUCAACAGUUAAAUGUUUUUUAUAAAUAUAUAGACUUGUAAUUCCGACUUCUUUCUCAGAACUAUAAAAUACUACGAUUUGUAAAAAAAAUAUUACGGAUUUUUCAAAGUGGCAGAUUCGUAGGAAUUCAUACAAAGAACCACACUUGACCCCGCCCUAAUCAACCUUGCUCAUACAAAUUUGCGAAAAAUGCAAUUUGUGAAAAAUCGUAUGCAUUUUACGAGGUGGCAAAUUUGUAAAAAUUCGUACAAAGGACCACACCUAAACUUACUCGUACGAGUGAGGUUGUACGAAUUUGUGCAAAAUAGCCACCUUGUAAAAUACAUACGAAUUUGACGCGAAAUACCGUUAUUUUUCUCUGAAUUGUGAGAUAAAAACACAAUUGCGAGGAAAAAAUGUCAAAUUGUGAGAAAUAAUAAACUUGAAAUUCUGACUUUUUUUCUCAGAAUUGUGAGUAUAUCUUAAAUUUUCAUAUGAGCUUAAUCAUACACAUUUGUGAAAAAUACGGUUUGUGAAAAAUUCUACAUAUUUUUUACGAGGUGGCAAAUUCGUAGGAAUUUGUACGAAGGACCACACCUAACCCCGUCUCUAAACUUAACCAUCACAGUAAUCGUAUAAAAUCGUACGAGUGACGUUGUACGAAUUUGUGCAAAUUAGCCACCUCGUAAAAUACAUACGAAUUGGACGUGAGAUAGCGUUAUUUAUUAGCGCAAUUCUGACUUUUUUUUUCAGAACUGUGAGUACAAUUUAUACAACCCCACUCGUACAAAUUUGUGAAAAAUACAUUAGUGAAAAAUCGUAUGUAUUUUACGAGGUGACAAAUUCGUAAAAAUUCAUACAGAGGACCACACCUAACCCGCCCUGAAAUCGGGUUGUACGAAUUUGUAUGAAUUAGCCAUCUUGUAAAAUACGUACAAAUUCGCUGUGAGAUAGCGUUGUUUUUUUUCAGUAUUGUGAUAAAAAAAACCUCACAGUUGCAAGUAAAAAAAGUCAGAAUUGCAAGUUUGUAUCAAUUCUAAGAAAAACAGUCAGAAUUGCGAAUUUAUAUCAGUUUUGAGAAAAAUGUGAAAAUUGCGAGUUUGUAUCUUGCAAUUCUAAAAAUUAAUAAUUCUGACUUUUUCUCGCAAUUGCGAGUUUAUAUAGUGUCAAAAUUGUAAGCUUGUAUCAAUUCUGAGAAAAAAAAUUAGGAUUGUGAGUUUAUAUCAGUUCUGAGAAAAAAAGUGAAAAUUGUGAGUUUAUAUCUCGCAAUUCUGAGAAAUAAUAAACUCGCAAUUCUGACUUUAUCACUCGCAAAAAGUCAUAAUUGUGAGUUUGUAUCAUGGAACUUUUGGGAAAAAAAAGGUGAGAAUUGCAAGAUAGUCACGUAAAAAAAAAAUAUUUAGUCGCAAAAAUGGACUUCUAUACAUUUUUCAUUCAUUUUUUUUUUAUAUCACUCUUAUUUUUUCUCACUCUUAUUUUUAUUUUUGUUUUCAUGUUAAUUUUAAAGUUUGACAUUUUCUUUUUUUUAAUGUCUUUAUUAUUAUUUUUUAUUUCAGUUCAAGUUUUAAUUUUAGUUAUAUUAACCCUGUUCAAAAGUGCAUUAAAAACAAAAUCAUUACAAUAGCUUUCACCAUGAUCCAAUCAGCAAAUCCGUCCUCAAAGUUUCCCUCUUAAUAACUUGUGCACACUCAACACUGAAUUAAAGGCAGCAUAAGGCCCAGUGAUAUUUAAUGAUUCAGUAUUUUCCUGUGAUGCUAUAUCAGUUCUUUCCUCUCUGAGAGGAAGCGGUGUUAUGUCACAGAGGAUUGGGACAGAUUAACUUCUCAUUAGGAAAAUCACAUUUACCAGCUGUUUAUGGCACCGUCUCUACCUCUCCCUCCCUUUAUUUAUAAAGGUUAAAGGUCGGUUUUAGCAUUGCCGCUUUUUUCUCAUUCGGGCAUCGACUGAAAGAGGAUUUCUGGUCUGGCACCGAAAUCUGGGGCGAAAUCCGCGCCCGAGGCAGAUUAUGGUCUUCUCCUGGGUGCGCGGUUCCCUACACUCUAACUGCGAGCGGUAGAAUUGGUUUUCUGAGCUUUCUCACCGGUAAUCUGUUCCCACUCCUCUUUCCCCAGAGAUGAACCCUGACAGGACGGAUUUAACAGGCUUCCACACAUCGUUAUAUAUUUACAUACAGCAGACUCUGUUUCGACACAGAGUCGUGGGCCACUAAUCACCCGGCGAUCUCUAACCUCGAAGGAAAGGGAUUUCUGCCUCGAUUUUCUCUCGCGCACGAUGCUUUCUCCACUCGCACCUUCAUAAUCAUCUUCUCCACUCUUAAUGUCUUUCGAACUUUUUUAUGUAAUGCUGAGGCCGUACAAAUUAAGCCAAGAAAUAUUUGCAGAGUCGUGUCUUAACCCGCACUGUUUUUUAAUUAAUAUUUUGUUGUGUAAUAAUUGCAUUCCUGGCAUUCUGGGGCUAUUAAAUGAGCAAAAAGCCAUAUUUAUGUAAGCAACCUUGAGUAACAGAAAGCUGGUACUCUGAGGGCUCAUGGGUAAUGAUCUGUUGUCCACUCAAGCCAAAGACAAGCCUGGCCGCCAUGGAAACGGCCGCAGUGGCCUAACCUGUAGCAGUGCAAUCCGAGUGUCCUGCAGCGCCACCUAGCUGCUGUAUCACACUUCAACUGUAUAUAUGUAUAUGAAGUUACAAUAAAAUGUAUAUUGCUUCUUUUUGCAA